AUGGACCUGCUUGGAGAACAGGCAACUGCUACUGGAUUCACUGGACGAGCUAAACAAGGGUUGCAGGCAGCAUCUCUGGUCCUGCAAAGGACAAGGAAAGCUUUUAGGCUUUCUCUGUACUUGCUGCCGAAGCUCUCACAGAAGCAACAAGACAGUCGCAGUUCUCCUGAAGUCCCAGUUCUUCAUAAUUCAUCUCAAAGCUUGCAGAGAAAGAAAACGAUG